ACGACGUCGUUGCUCGUGAUCGGAAGAUUUUUUUGGGAGACACAGAGCUUAUCAUCAUCAUCAGAACUUCGCAGCUGAGGGACACGUUCCCUUCCAUGGCUUCCAUCUGCUACUACUCGCUCUCUCCCCUUCCGAAGCUCGAAGGCUCACCGACCCCUAACGGAGCACUUCCCUCAUUCAACCGCAUACCAACAUCGAAGCAUUGGCGUCGCUCCAUUGCCUCAAUUCCGGCUCCGAAAUGCCACGCGACAGAGCAAAGCUCGAUUUCACUGGAGGAACCGAUGAGCAUCGAUGACCUCCGCCGCUUCGUCAAUCUGAACUUGGGCAAGUGGAACGGCUCUUUUCACCAAUUUGAUGCCCGCGGGAAUCUGUUACACAAGAUAAGCACAAAGCUUGCUGCAAGUUCUUAUGGAGAAAAUGAGCUCCUCAGUCUUAUCCAAACGCUUUACAUAAAACAACCUCAAUCAAGCAUUUCGAUUUCUGAACACGAUGAAGAACCUGAAUGGGCAGAAUAUAAAAUAAAAGAAACCAACAUGUUCACCGUUGACAAGUAUCAACAGUUAGGAUUUUUCCCAGAUGAGAGGGCGUUUUCCCUGAGAUACCAGACAGCAGGCAUGCUUGAAACCGUAUUAAGGCAAGGAGUUCUAGGGGAAGAUGACACCGGCGAAGAAUCUCCAAAAAAUCUCAAGCUUCCAUCUCACCAACCUUCUAUUGUCUGUGAGAAUUGUCUAUACUCACAACAAGCAGAUACACGAGCAAGAGCAUUUCACAUCAUGGACCCGAAGGGUUUCAUUGAAAUGCUUCUCAUAUUUCUUGAGGAAAGAGGCAAUGGGUUGUCUAUACCUCCUUUGCUUGAGAACUAUGAAGGAAGCAGGGAUAGGAUUACGCCAUUUCUUGGAAACUGGAAGGGGCAUUCUGUAACAAAGCGUAGUGGUGUUUAUGGAGCAACAACUACUGAAUCUGAUUUGGUUUCGUUUCUUCAAAUUGAUGAGAGGGGGCGGUUAGUUCAGGAGAUUACUACAACAUCCAGUAGCAGUGAAGUCACCACGAACAUGCAUUGGACGGGUACAAUUUCAGACAAUUUGGUCACAUUUGAAGGUGGAUACCAGAUGACGCUGCUGCCUGGAGGCAUGUACAUGGGCUUCCCGUCCAACGUGGCGAAGAGCGUGGCCGAGUCCAAGUCAUUCCAUUUGGAGUUCUGCUGGCUCGAGGCACCUGGAAGGAGACAGAGGCUUGUUCGCACUUAUGAUGUGGAGGGCUUGGCCGUCUCAUCAACAUACUUCCUGGAAACCAAGUCUUGAGGCUGAGAAAAGGAUCGGUUCCUUGUCAAUUGUAGAACUAGACAUACUUACUUAUACUGAUUGAGUCGUGCAAAAUGAGAAUUGUGUUCGAGCGUAACUUGGAAGCAAGAAUUUUGUCCUAGCUGCGUGUAUAACGUCAAAUGAGAUGUAAGACAAAUUCACGCUUUUGUGGUCACGUUGUUUUUUAUUCAAAGGGACUUUUUGGUUCACAA